GGUCCACGACAGUGCUGGAUAGAAUCGGUCCACCACUCCCGUACCCCGACCACCUGAGAGGCCGUGCUCCCCUCGCCGCCGCCGCUGCCCCCGCCGGAGAAGAUGGCCGAGAAGCCGGCCGGCCCCACCCCAAGGACGAGGACCCGAGGCGGCCUCGCGUCCUCGGCUCCCUCCUCCAGACGGCUGUCUUCGAUAUCGUACACCGCAACUCCAAAUCACACCAAGAAGGUGCCUGACCCCCCCAAGGCUGUAAGGCCAACCAGAGCCACGCCUGCCAAGAAGCGGCCGCAAGUGGAUCAAGCACAGAAGCGGAGAGAAGAGGUUGCUGCUCUGCAGGAGCAAGUUAGUGGCCUGCAAAGGGAGUUGCUCGAGAAGGAAGAAGCUCUGAGAUCCGCGGAGAACUUGAUCAGCCGAACUAGUUCUGCGAAUGAAGCCGUAGAUGGGCUGAGGAGCCAGCUCUCCGAGAAGGAAUUGCUGAUCCAAUGUGCUGGUUCGGAGCUGCAUGGUACAAAGAUCAUGCUAGCAGAGAAGCAGGCAGCAAUAGAAAAGUUAGAGUGGCAGGCAAAGGUGUCAAAUGAGAAGGUGGAAGAACUCCAAGUCGAUGUAGCCUCAAUGGAUGCCGAAGUUUCUGCUCUCAUGAAGUUGUUCAGGAAAAUAACAGAGAAUGACCGAGCCCCUUCUCCUAGGGAUAGAACUGACGAUUUAUCUUUGGAAUGUGAGCCAGUUCAACUUGAUGACGAGGUUGGUGAUAUUGACGCUGAGAAGAUGGAGCAGGAAAUCUCGGCCUAUGUCUCGGCUCUAGCUGCUGCGAAAGAGAACCCUACCGAUGAGUUCCUGGAAGCAGUAACCGAGGCAAGACUAAGACUUCAGGCCUUUGUACUCUGACCAGACUGAACCGCCGCGUAACCAAAGGAGCAACUUAUUGAUACCCCCUGCUGAUCGGUGUAUUUUGCCGGUGGCGCACGUCCCAGCUGAUAGUGCUCGCUCAGGGCCUUGCAUUGCAGAGGAUUGGUGUCUGUGUUCUCUCAUUCUGGAUCUGAUUGCCCGCCGCCUCUAAGCUUGCUGUAACCUGUAACGCUAUGAACCGUGGUGUACGCGACUGAACCUCCUAUAGAUGGCAUUGUGUACUUUUUUAGUAGUGAACUUAUUACAAGAUGGUUCGGCUCGUCUCGA